GGAGGCGCUGGCUGUUAAGGACGCGGCGACGUCCAACCCCGACCUCGGCAUGGUGGACAAGGUGGUGCGCACCGUGGCGGCAAAACUAGGAGAUUCUUCAGUCUGGAGCCAACGGUUCAAGUACCUGCAGCGUGUGAUCUACAACACUAACCUCGAAGUCCAGGGGAUCCACACGGUUCGCUGGCUCUCACGUGGAGAUGCGGUGCGACGGCUGUGCAAGGUGCUCGGUGCGUGUAUCGUUCUUCUCUGGGAGCGGAGUCACAAGGUGUACGAGAUCGUCACGUGCUACAAGUUCCAGUUUUGCCUGUUCUUCCUCGCCGACAUCCUCGCCGACAUGAACGACCUCAACCGCUGUUUCCAAAAGCGAGAUAUUGAUGUGACGGAGAUUGCGAAGACCAUCGAGGCCACCACGGUGGAUCUGACUGAGCGGUAUUUGGAUACCGACAAGCAGUUUGGUGGCGAGGGCAAGUGCUGGCUGGUCGGCUUUCUGAAGCUGCACGGGCAUGGUGGAGGCAAGAAGGUCCGUGUGAGAGGCGUGGACGGGGAGGGACGCCCAGUGAACCAUCUGUACACCAUGCACGAGCGGAAGCUCCCGGGGCACAAGGUGGGGAGCGGAUACGAGGAGUGCGUGAAGCUAUGCCGCAGUUUCGCCCGCGAUUGCGUGGACAAUCUCAACGAGCGGCUUGAUGACCUGGGGAAGCUGGGGCCGACGAAGCUGUUUCGGGCCGGAAAGUGGCCGAAGAUCAAGGCACAACGGGAGAAGAAGUGCCGUGAGUGGCUUCUGGGAUGCAGCAAACUCUUCCGCCACAAGCUGCCGGGAUUCGACCUCAAGGCCGCAGAGAGGGAGCUUCCCACAUUCUGUGCGAUCAUGGAGGCGCACCACGAGCUGGAAAGCUUCACGCAGGGACUGACCAACAUUCUCGGGAGCGCGGACUCGAAGAGGUAUGUCCCCGUAGUGUGA